AUCACUUUUAAAAACCGGAGAAACCACAUUCUCCUCUCUCUCUCUCUCUCUCUCUCGCUGUUGAUUUUGGAAGACGAAUCUUCUUUGCGCGUUAGGGUAUUACGAUCGGAGGGAAGCUUUUGUUCGCCGGAAUCAAUGGAUGCUACCAAUAACACCACCAACACCACGGCGAGUAAUGUCGCCCAAGCGAUUCUCGCCGUUCUCGAUUAUAACUCUACUCCCGAUGCUCGUAAAGCCGCCGUUGCAUUCCUCGAAUCUAUUAAAUCUGGAGAUAUCAGGGUUCUAGCAAAUAUUUCCCUACUUCUAGUGAAAAAGGAGUGCUCUUCGGAAAUUCGACUGCAUGCCUUCAAAAUGUUACAGCAUUUGGUUAGACUACGGUGGGAGGAAUUAAGCCCCUCAGAGCGCAGGGAUUUUGCUAAGCUCUCUGUGGAACUAAUGUCUGAGACUGCUAGUCCAUGUGAGGAGUGGUCUCUGAAGAGUCAGUCAGCUGCCCUUGUAGCUGAGAUAGUUAGAAGAGAAGGCCCCGAUCUUUGGCAGGAGUUGUUUCCCUCACUAGCUUCCUUGUCUGCACAGGGACCUUUACAAGCUGAAGUCGUCUCAAUGAUGCUGCGAUGGCUACCUGAAGAUAUAACAGUUCACAAUGAAGACUUGGAAGGUGACAGGCGUCGGUUAUUGUUGCGUGGACUUACUCAAUCUCUGCCUGAGAUUUUGCCUUUAUUGUAUAAUCUUCUCGAGAGACACUUUGGAGCUGCCAUGAGUGAAGCUAGUAGGCAACAGGUUGAAUUGGCAAAACAGCAUGCAGCUGCGGUUAUAGCUUGUUUAAAUGCCAUCAAUGCAUAUGCCGAAUGGGCUCCUGUUCUAGAUCUUUCCAGAUAUGGAAUUAUCAAUGGGUGUGGUGCUUUACUUUCUUCUCAUGACUUCCGUCUUCAUGCUUGUGAGUUUUUCAAAAUUGUCUGCUCAAGAAAAAGACCCAGUGAUGCUCCUGGUGCUGAAUUCGAUUCUGCAAUCAGCAGUCUGUUUCAGAGUCUGAUGAAUGUCUCCAGAGAAUUCUUAUACAGAUCAGCCUCAAAUGCUGGGGUUAUAGAUGACAGUGAUUAUGAGUUUGCUGAGUGCAUAUGUGAAAGUUUGGUUUCUUUAGGCUCAACAAACUUGCAAUGUAUUGCUGCUGAUGUUGGUGUUCUGGCUUUAUACCUUCAACAGAUGCUUGGUUUCUUUCAACACUUUAAGUUGGGUCUUCACUUUGAAGCAAUGCAGUUCUGGCUGGCAUUAAUGAGGGAUUUACUUUCAAAGCCGAAGGCUGCCGCUAAUCUAAGUGGAGAGGGAUCAGCAGUUGGUGGUGUUCAGAGUUCAAGCCAUGCUGAGAACGAAAAGAAAAAGAUUCUUAGUCUUAUAAAUGAUGAUAUCUCUUGCGCAAUCCUGGAUGUAUCUUUCCAGCGGAUGCUCAAGAAAGAAAAAGUCCCUCCUCGGAUUGCUCUUUCUCUUGGACCACUGGAACUGUGGAGUGAUGAGUUCGAUGGAAAGGGAGACUUUGGCCAUUACCGAUCAAGGCUUUUAGAAUUGAUCAAGAUUGUUGCUUCUCACAAGCCCCUUGUUUCUAGUACCAAAAUAGCCGAAAGGAUUAUCACUCUCAUUAAAGAUCUGCUGGGUUCUCCAGUUCAACUUCAGGAUGUAGCAGUACUGGACAGUCAGCAAUUGGCUUUUGAUUCUAUUGUGGCAACGGUGUUUGAUGGGUCAAAUGAGUUUGCUGGUGGUAGUUCUGAAGUCCAUUUUUCAUUGCGUGGAAUAUUUGAAGGCUUGCUUCAGCAGCUUCUCUCUUUGAAAUGGACUGAGCCGGAACUUAUAAAAAUGCAUGCACACUAUCUGGAUGCAGUUGGUCCCUUUCUCAAGUAUUUCCCAGAUGCAGUUGGGAGUGUUAUCAACAAAUUAUUUGAACUUCUUACCUCUCUUCCAUACAUUGUCAAGGAUCCAGCAACUAGUACUUCAAGAGUUGCAAGAUUACAGAUUUGUACGUCUUUUAUACGGAUAGCCAAAGCCGCUGAAAAAAGUGUUCUGCCUCACAUGAAGACUAUUGCUGAUACAAUGGCAUAUAUGCAAAGAGAAGGAACUUUGCUCCGCGGGGAGCAUAACAUUUUGGGUGAAGCAUUUCUUGUUAUGGCUUCAGCAGCAGGAGCUCAACAGCAGCAAGAAGUUCUUGCUUGGUUACUGGAGCCAUUGAGCCAACAGUGGGUCCAAUCAGAAUGGCAGAAUAAUUAUCUAUCAGAUCCUAUGGGGUUUGUUCGUCUUUGCUCCAAUAAACCCUUCAUGUGGUCUUUGUUCCACACUGUUACAUUCUUUGAGAAGGCUCUUAAGAGAAGUGGACAUGGAAAAAGCAACUUGAAUUCAACCUCGGUAACAAGUCAAGAUUUGCAUCCUAUGGCUCAUCAUCUAUCUUGGAUGUUGCCACCUCUCUUAAAACUUCUCCGCGUUAUCCAUUCCCUUUGGUCUCCCUCAGUAUAUCAAACUCUACCCCCAGAGAUGAGGGCAGCUAUGACAAUGCCUGAUGUAGAGCGAUAUAGUCUCCUUGGGGAAGCAAAUCCUAAAUUGUCAAAAGUCUCUUCUGUUUAUGCUGAUGGAUCUUUUGAUGGUGGUAAAGAAGGACAAUCAGAGGUAAAUGAAGCCAAUGUGCGAAAUUGGUUGAAAGGUGUCCGAGAUAGUGGAUACUAUGUGUUGGGUCUAUCGGCAACAAUUGGAGAUACAUUCUUCAAAUGCCUAGAUGCCAACUAUGUCGCAGUGGCACUCAUGGAGAACCUGCAGUCGAUGGAGUUCAGGCACAUAAGACAGCUUAUUCAUGCCUUUGUAGUUUCUAUAGUUAAAUCUUGUCCGGCUGAUAUGUGGGAUUCAUGGCUUGAAGUGCUCCUGCAGCCAUUGCUUAUUCGUUGUCAGCAAGCUACUAGCUCAUCUUGGGCCAGUCUUAUGCGUGAGGGCAGAGCACAAGUUCCAGAUUCGUUUGGUGUACAAAAUGGGCCUGACAUGAAACUUGAAGUAAUGGAAGAGAAACUUCUGAGGGAAUUAACUAGGGAGAUUGCCACCCUUCUUUCAACAAUAGCUUCUCCUGGGUUAAACCCUGGGCUUCCAAUUUUGGAGCAUUCAGGCCAUGUUGGCCGUGUGGACAUGUCUACUCUCAAGGAUUUGCUUGCAUUCAAAUCCAACUCUCUUGUGGGGUUCCUUUUAAAUCACAAAAACAUGGCUCUCCCAGCACUGCAGUUCUGUUUGGAAGUAUUUACAUGGACAGAUGGGGAAGCAACCACCAAAGUCUGUUGCUUUUGUGGUGUUAUUGUCCUUCUAGCAAUUCUAACAAACAAUGUGGAACUCAGAGAAUUUGUGUCAAAAGAUUUGUUUUAUGCGGUCAUUAAAAGCUUAGCCAUGGAGUCCAAUGCCGUUAACAGUGCUGAUCUAGUCUAUCUAUGCCGUGAAAUAUUUUUUUACCUCGCUGACAGAGACCCAGCUCCCCGUCAGGUCUUACUUUCACUCCCUUGUCUCACUCCCAACGACUUGCGUGCUUUUGAAGAAUCUAUGGCGAAAACUCCAAGUCCUAAAGAGCAGAAGCAGCUCAUGAAAAGCUUGUUGGUGUUAGGUACAGGGAAUAACUUAAAAGCGCUUGCUGCUCAGAAAACCGUUAAUGUUAUCACAAAUGUCACUUUGAGGUCGCGUGGACCAGCAAACACAUCCGAAGCUAAAGAAAACGAAGGCGAAACAAUUGGGCUGGCCAGUGUUUUGUGAGGUGAAACCAAACUAGAAUAUGAAGUUAAAGAGAGGCAAGAGGAUGAGUUUUUACAACAAAGAACCCAAGUUGUACAGAUAUGUAUAUUUAGUCGGGAAAGAAGAUUUUGCGAAAGGUAACAAGAAGCAGCGUUUUGGUUGUUUUAACACACAAAUGUGUAAGAUGCAUAAGCGAAGAGGUUUGGCAUAUCAAAACUUAUCGAUAUUGCGAUGCCUAUGUCUCUAUAAAGUUAUUUGUAUGUUGUACACAAAUCCAGAAACCUUGACACAUCCAUGGUUGAUGUAGAGAAAGCUCUAGGCCCUGAAUGUUUGGAAGAUUUUUUUAAGUUGUUUUUAGAUUUUUUAGACUUUAGUUUUUGGUUU